AGCACGUGUUUUGGGGCUAUUUCUGCCCACUGGAGUGUUGCAGGAGAGGCGAAACCACAGGGACUGCGGAGAAGCGCAGAUGGACGCUGGCUGGCGUGCUGCCCUGCCUCGGCUUCCCUAGACCCCCCCGGGAUGGCGCCGCGGCGGGGCUGAGCGGCCGGGCCGGGGCCGGGAUGGACGGCCCGAGCGGGGGCUGCCCGCCCGCCGCCACCGCCGCCCCGUCGCGGGCGAAGUUGCCGCUCGGCAUCGUCUUCUCGACGGCGCUUUUCUGCGGGGAGGGGGCGGCGGCCGCCGUACUCUGCCUCUCUUACGGCCACUCCGACGACCGCUUCUGGCUGGCGCUCACCAUCUUCUUCGUGCUCUGCCCCUCCGUCCUGGUGCAGCUCACCCUCAUCUUCGUGCACCGCGAUCUCAGCCGUGACCGCCCCCUCGUCCUGCUCAUGCACCUGCUCCAGCUUGGGCCCAUCAUCAGGUGCAUGGAGGCUCUGGUGGUGUACUGCUGGUCGGGGAAGGAGGAGGAGCCCUAUGUCACCAUCACCCGCAAGCGACGGCUGCGGAAAGGCUACGAGGUGGAGAUGGAGCAGGAGGUGGGACACUCGGUGCGCCGGCUGGCCACGCACCGCAAUGCCUUCAAGCGCAUGGCGGUCAUCCAGGCCUUCCUGGGCUCCACCCCACAGCUCACCCUCCAGCUCUACAUCAGCAUCCUGGAGAAAUACGUCCCCGUUGCCCGAGCCGUCCUCAUGGGCAUCUGCCUGGUGUCAGUCACCUAUGGAGCGCUGGUCUGCAACAUCCUGGCCAUCCAGGUCAAGUAUGACGACUACAAGGUCCAGCUGCGGCCACUGGCCUUCCUCUGCAUCGUGCUGUGGCGCAGCCUAGAAAUCUCCACCCGCGUUGCCGUCCUCGUGCUCUUCAGCACCGUCUUCAAGCACUGGAUCAUCCCCAUCGCCCUGGCCAACCUGCUGGUGGUCUUCUUCUUGCCUUGGGUACAGUUCUGGCGGAGCGGGACCCGCUUGCCCGACAACAUCGAGAAGAACUUUAGCCGGGUGGGCACUGUGGUGGUACUUUGCGCCUUCACCCUCCUCUAUGCCAGCAUCAACAUGUUCUGCUGGUCAGCCGUGCAGCUCAAGUUGGCUGACCGGGACCUCAUUGACAAGUCACAGAACUGGGGCCGCCUGGCUGUGUACUAUGUAGCCCGGCUGGCAGAAAACACGGCCCUCGUCAUCCUCUGGUACUUCUUCAAGACGGAUGUCUACGAGAACAUCUGCACCCCACUGCUGGUGGUGCAGCUGCUUCUCGGCUACUGCCUGGCCAUCUACUUCAUGCUGCUCUUCUUCCAGUACCUGCACCCUUGCCGUCAGCUUUUCCGGCACAAUGUCGCUGACUUUCUGCACUGUGUCUGCUGCCGGCGGCAAACGCUGGGGACCCCUCUGCGCCUUGAGGCACCCCACGAGCCUGGUGUGAGACACAGCAUUGUCUGAGGCACGGCCAGCUCCCAGUUCCUCCAGCCAGUGAUGGGUGUAGGGACAGGCAGCACUGGCAGCUGGAGGGGGCUCGUGGCAUAAUCGUCAUAGAAUAAUAGAAUGUCCUCAGUUGGAAGGGACCCACAAGGCUCAUCGAGUCCAACUCCUGUCCAUGCAUGGGACAACCCCAAAAUUCACACCAUGUGUCUGAGGACAUUGUCCAAUUGCUUCUUGAACACUGUCAGGCUUGGGGCUGUGACACCUCCCUGGGGAGCCUGUUCCAGUGCUUCACCACCCUCUGAGUGAAGCUGUGCCAGAGGCAGGCGCUCCCUGGCCCUGCAGUGGCAGCAGAUCCCAGCGUGUCCCCACAGUGGCAGAGGGACAGGAGCGUGCCCGCCUGCCCAAGACGUGGGCAGGGACAUGAAGGGCUUACCGGGUGCUCAAACCACCCACCACUGCAUGCCGGCUGCCUUGUGAGGCACAGUCCCUGGGUGCCCAGACACCCUCGCCCACCCGCUACGGUACAUAUGGUGACCUCGGGGCCACAGGUGCUGGCGGGACUGUUUAAAACAGUAAAGAAACUUUGCUGUG